AUGUGGGGUGACACGAGUCACGGCCGACACAGGAGUCAGCGGUUUUGGGUCAGUGAUGAGAGUGACGUGGCGGAACGCACAGGGUUAAAUGCUCUGGCCCUCUCGAUCCGUAGGGGCCGCCCCUCGAUUAAUGGGGAAACCCUCCGACCUGUUUCAGGGGCACGACAAAGCCCCUUGACAGCCCUCUUCAGACCCCUCUACAAGACCUUGUGUGUGGAUCUUUUUGUAACAGAGGCAGGACAGCAGUACAGGGGUAGAAGAGUUGGGAUAGUUUCCAUGGCCAUUCAGUCUGUACAUUAAUACCAUUGUAUUUGACUGACUGUCUGUAUUAACAUUUAAUUCACCUCAAUUCCACAGUUUCAGCAAUAUGGCAAGGCCUAGUUGUGAACCAUUCAAUAGACAACAUCCACUGGGCACAGAUGUCAGUUUAACGUCUAGUUUUGAUUUACAUUUGGUUGAGUUGUCAACUAACGUGAAUUCAAUGUGAAAUCAACCAAAAAUGUCACCAUGGUAUUGGAUUUAGGUUAAAAGUUGGGUGACUUUUUUUGCAAAUCUAAUCCGUUUUCCACUUUGAUUCAACAUCAUCACAUAGAUGUUUGGGAUUUAAAUUACUUAGAAACGACAUUGAUUCAACAAGUUUUUGCCCAGUGGCAUCAUGGCAGCUUUUAAGUUAUUUUGACUAUUUCACUCAGGACACCCUGAUGCACUCAAGGUCCAAAAAUGCUAAAUAUGUCCUCUAUCAUCACAGUCAGUGAGAGUAAUGAGAAAAACUCUCCCUAAGAUCAGUCUCUUUAAAUGAAGAUUACUACUGUACUAUUAUCACACUAGAGGCUCAAAGUCAUCAAGGACACAUCCCGCCCCUGCUCUCGCCUCCAUUCAGGAGUGUUUAGAACUCUAAUAACUGCUAUUAUCACCAGCUCAGGCGUUUCUAUGGUGAUGCCACUGCAUUAACGGCGGCUGUAGCCAAUGAGACAAUAGUCUGAGUGCUCACUGUGCCCUGUUUUCAUCAUUAGCUCUCAGAGAUUGUGCCUUUCACUCUCUCUGAAGGAAUUUACACUGGUAAAUCACUGAAUUUCUAGAGCCAUUUUGUGUAUCGCCGGCCUCAAUUCAAUUUUCUUUCAGCUAGGCCCCGACACAAAAUAGAAGAGAAAGAAGUGCAAGCCAGCCAUGUUUCAGUGUGUAUGUGUGUGUGCUUUGGUUUUAAUGCAUUUGGUAGAGGAAUGAUGGAGAGAGUGGAGUGUGACUGCUUAAAGCUAGAGUGUUUGUGGAAAGAGAGUGAGUUGUCAAUAAAGUUGUCUCGUGGGAGAAGUUUUGCCAGCCCCCAGAAUGCAUUUCGUCUCCUCCGCGUGUGACAGUUAAAUAAGAUGGAGAGGUCCCACUGUUUGUCAAGACCCCUGUGAAUGAUCUCUCUCUUUCCCUUUCUCUCUUGCUCUCUCUCUUCGUCCCUCUCUCUCUCUCUCUCUCCUUCUCUCAAUCUGCGGCCCUUGAUGACUUUGUAAUGAUUUCUGCUGCAACGACGAAUGGUUAUGUUAAAUGAGCAGAGUCAGACAAGGCGAGCAGAGCCAGAGCAUUUGUUCCAGGAUUAAUGGAUCUGGGAUCCAUUGUUUACCGUCCCCGUUCCUGACCUGCUGAUAUCCAGCCUCACUAACUCUUAGUAGGAGGAGAGAGAAUACUGGACUUAGUGUUCAAACACCAAGGAAAGAGUGAAAGAAAGAGAAACAGAGAGGGAGAGAGAAAGAGAGGGAGAAAGAGAGAGAGAGGCCUAAAGGGAAAGAUUUCUGUCUAGUGUUCAUCUUUCUUGUAGGUUUUUUAGCAGCUGAAGGUGAUUUUAAAGUGAAAGCAAACAAUUGUAUGACUGAUUCAUUGGAGUUGGCUUUAGUUCUUGCCCAAUAGCAGGAUGGUUAUCAUCUCCUUGGCUCUCACAGCAACUCCUUCCAUCGUCUCUGUGAUGACAAAUAUAGAAAGUCCUCUUCCUGGCUCCAUCACACACUCACUGGGGUUUCUGGUGUGUGUGUGUGUCUCUGUUUGUGUGUGUGUGUGUGUAUCUGUGUGUGUUCAACUGUGCGUGUGCCUGUAUGUCUGCUUGUGUCUAGAAGUGCCAGCCCUCCCCUACUGUGUGAAGGGGUCCCUGCUCUCCUCCGUCAUGCUGGCAGGGGGCCGUGGGCAAUGGGACUGGGGGGGGGGUCCCCUGGCGGAGUUUCAUGACAGGGACCAGCCUUGUGGAGCUCUGGGUAUGGGCAGCACUACAGAUCAUUACCCCCAAACAGGGAGAGGGACCAGGGGCAGCCAGGAAAUCCCUUUAAUCAGUAACUACCCUGUUCAGGCCACUGCUGCCCCCCCGCUGACUACCACCCUGCUACUUUGCCAGAGGGCAUCUUCAAAAAGUGUAAAAAGUGGUUACGGCUGCUGCCACUGCUAACCACUAAAAUUUACAUUUUACAUUUUAGUCAUUAGCAGACGCUCUUAAACCAGAGCGACUUACAGUUAGUGCAUACAUAUUUUUAUUUGUUAUAUAUAUAUAUAUAUUAUUUUUAUACCCCCUGUGGGAAACGAACCCACAACCCAGGCGUUGCAAACGCUUGAGCUACACUACUGCUGCUGCUGCUUCUAGACUAGCGGUUAGCACUGCCGUGGCUAAUGUUAGUGAGUUUCAAUGGACCACUCCACUGUGUGCACUAGUAUAUGUCUUUAUUGGAAUCAAACACACUUUGUCUUGGUUUUGACCCACAAAAAACUCACACCAAAUCCUUUGGUGCUAAGAAAUUCAUUUUUAUUGAUAAAAUACCAGAAGAAAUGACUACAGGUCUGACCACUUCUUAUCCAGUUGCAAGAAUGGACAGACCUGUAAAGAGCACAGGGAGAGGGGUCAGCUGAAUAUGUCAGGUUUCAUUUAAAAGACAGUGGUGACAGUGUGGGAAGUCAGCUCUUAUGGCGGUUUAUGACGUGGAUUAUGUCAAUUCUAUGACAACAUUAUAUACAAAAGAAUUGUGGACACCCCUUCAAAUUAGUGGAUUCUGCUAUUUUUAGCCACAACCGUUGCUGACAGGUGUAUAAAAUCUAGCACACAGCCAUGCAAUCUCCAUAGACAAACAUUGUCAGUAGAAUGGCCUUACUGAAGAGCUCAGUGACUUUCAACGUGGCACCAUCAUAGGAUGCCACUUUUCCAACAAGUCAGUUUGUCAAAUUUCUGCCCUACUAGAGCUGCCCCUCCAACUGUAAGUUCUGUUAUUGUGAAGUGGAAACGUCUAGGAGCAACAACGGCUCAGCCGCGAAGUGGACCACCGAGUGCUGAAGCGUGUAGCGCGUAAAAAUUGUCUGUCCUCUUUUGCAACACUACCGAGUUCCAAACUGCCUCUGGAAGCAACGUCAGCACAAUAACUGUUCGUCGGGAGCUUCAUGAAAUUGGUUUCCAUUGCCGAGCAGCCGCACACAAGCCUAAGAUGUGGUCCUCUGUAGCUCAGCUGGUAGAGCAAGGCGCUUGUAACGCCAAGGUAGUGGGUUCGAUCCCCGGGACCACCCAUACACUAAUUAUACACCUGUCAGCAACGGUUGUGGCUAAAAAUAGCAGAAUCCAUUAAUUUGAAGGGGUGUCCACAUACCUUUGUAUAUAUAUAGCCUCAUCUCUGGUUAAGAAAUGACCGACCUGCUCUGGACACUAUGGCCAGUCUUUCAUUAAGAACUUUUACCAUAGCAAAGAUAUCACAAAUGAUUUGUUUGAGCUGUGCAUGGUAACAGAGGACAACGUUUCCAAUCUACUAUGCUUAAUGAGCACAAACAAAGCAACUGGGCUGGAUAACCUUCCUUCAAGAUUCAUAAAGGAUAGUGCUUGUGUCACUGCUAAAAUGAUAACGCAUAUUGUAAACCUUUCUAUUAGUAGUGGUACAUUUCCCAAUGAUCUCUAAACAGCCCGGGUGGUUCCACUCCACAAGAAGAGCAGUAAAACAAAUGUAGGAAGCUACAGGCCUGUGUCGAUCCUCUGCACCUUAUCCAAAGUUGUUGAGAGAUUAGCUUUUAAUCAACUUGAGGGAUACCUUCUCGAGCACAAACUUCUUUAUGAACUCCAAUCUGGCUUUAGAACAGCUCAUUCCACUAAUACCUGCCUUAUCCACCUUUUUGACCAUAUCAAGCAGGAAAGUGAGAAGGGGAACUAUACAGAUAUGGUCAUGUUAGACUUGCAGAAAGCUUUUGACACUGUGGACCAUGAUAUUCUCCUGAUGAAACUGAAAUGCAUGGGUCUAAAUGAUGUAACACAGAGUUGGUUUAGGUCUUAUCUGACCAACAGAACACAAGUAUGUAAUGUUGGUGAUGUUCUGUCAGAGGCCAAAGAAAUAUCCUGUGGAGUACCGCAGGGAUCAAUUUUAGGGCCUCUCUUAUUUCUCAUAUAUGUUAAUGAUAUGCCAGAUACAGUAAAGUGCAAACUCCUGCUUUAUGCUGAUGACUCAGCCAUACUGGUAUCAGGGAAGGAUACAGUUUACAUAGAGGAGACCCUGAGUAAGGAAUUGCAUUUUGUUAGAGAUUGGUUGACUGACAACAAAUUGUUGCUACAUUUGGGAAAAGCUGAAUGGAUUUUGUUUGGAACAAAACGUAGAUUGCUUAGGGCUGACAAGAUAAAGGUAAACUGUGCAGGCAAGGAUAUUUAAUCUAAAACAAGUGUAACUUAUCUUGGUGUGUCCAUAGAUCAAUCCCUUUCUGGAGACCUGAUUGCUGCAAAAAUUAUUUCUAAAAUGGCGAACAAACUGAAAUGUUUAUAACGUAACACUAGAUAUUUUAACAUCAAAGUUAAGAAACUGCUUGUCUCAACCUUGAUUCAGUUUAAUUUUGAUUAUGCAUGCUCUGCUUGGUAUAGUGGGUUAACCGAAAAGCUGAAAAAGAGAAUUUGUUUCAUGCAACAUAAUGUUAUCAGGUAAAUGCUGAAUGUCCCCCUAGGACCCACAUAGGGGUACAGGAGUUCUGAAUGUCCCCCUAGGACCCACAUAGGGGUACAGGAGUUCCGGGAGGUGGGCUUGUUGCCUUUGGACUCCAGAGUGGACCAACUUAAACUUAAUCAUAUGUUUGACAUCUUAAAUGAUUGUGCUCCAGGUUAUAUGAAAAAACAUGUUGAUAUGGUCUAUAACCAACACAGUUACAAUACCAGAGCAGGUGUUAUGUCUUGUAAAAUCCCUAGAGCAAACAGUACUGCGAGAAGCACGUUUCUCUAUACAGGCUUUUGUCUAUGAAAUAGCCUCCCCUUGGAGAUCAAGCAAAUAAAAAGUAGAAAUAGCUUUAAAAAGCAGGCAAAGGUUUUCAUUUGGACAAGUUUGUCUUAGUAAGAGAAACCACUCCACUGCCCCUUCUGCCCCCUACUGCUGGUCAGGUGUAUAUAUAUAUAUAUAUAUAUAUAUAUAUAUUAUUUUAUUUUUUUUGUCAUUUAGCAGACGCUCUUAUCCAGAGCGACUUACAGUUAGUGAGUGCAUACAUUAUUUUUUUUAAAAUGUUAUAGUCCCGUGGGAAUCGAACCCACAACCCUGGCGUUGCAAACGCCAUGCUCUACCAACUGAGCUACAUCCUGGACAACGCUGGGCCAAUUGUGCGCCGCCCCAUGGCGUUUGCGAUGAAUUGCAACGCCGACUGCGAGCCAGGCCUAAUCGCCCAACAUCAGUGCCUGACCUCACUAAUGCUCUUGUGGCUGAAUGGAAGCAAGUCCCCGCAGCAAUGUUCCAACAUCUAGUGGAAAGCCUUCCCAGAAGAGUGGAGGCUGUUAUAGCAGCAAAGGGGGGACCAACUCCAUAUUAAUGGCCAUGAUUUUGGAACGAGAUGUUCGACGAGCAGAUGUCCAAAUGCUUUUGGUCAUGUAGUGUAGGUCUGUGGCAGUGGUGUCAAGUUUGGUGUGUGUAUUGAAGUGUCUGCUUCCGUCCUGCUAUUUGUAACGCUACUCUGGCUAACCUGUAAUGACUGUAGUUUUGACAGAGCUCGCUUGGGGCUCUUGUCGUUCGUGCAGGCAUAAGUACACACACACACACUCACCUGAUCUCUCUCACUCACACACACACCUCCUGCCACUCCUCUGACACGGCGGUAUAUCGUUGACAAUGACAAGCUCCCAACAGCAUCCACUCCCUGACAGGAGAAUAUAAAGUCAUUGUAUUAGAUUUGUUGCCUGCUGACGGCUUUGCACAUCGGACAGGAGAGACCUGACAGUCCCCCUCAACACUGGUGUUACACUACUUCAGGAGCCAUAUCAUUUUCUGCUCCCCUUCUAGUGGCUGUAAAGAGAGAACUACGUCCCAAAUUGCACCCUAUCCCCUAUACAGUGCACUACUUUUGUCCAGAGCCCUGGGCCCUGGUCAAAAGUAGCGCACUAUAUAGGGAAUAGGGUGUCAUUUGGGACUCAGUGAUAUGUUUCCUGGGUAAGUGAGGACAAGGGAGUGGCUGAAUUACAAGUAUCACUGGGCUCAGAGCUGAGGCGUCCGUGACAGUGACAGUUUUGUGGUUGAAAUGAAAAAUGUUAUGUUGGUUGAGGUUAGGACUUUUUUUAUUCAACACUUUGUCACAUUGUCAAACCACAACAUGUUUCAUAUUUCUUUUUUUAUUUGAUAUUUCAUUUUUUAUAAUCAGAACAAAGAAAAAACGAGUGUCUAUAACUAUUAACAGCUGAAACAUAUUCUCUCCCUCUCUCCAUGUAAGGAGAUUUAUUAUUUCUGCCUGAAAUGAAACAUUUCAUGUAUAAUUAUGAAUGUAUUAACCCUGUAUUUCUCUGUGUCCUCUCCAGAGCACAGUGGUAGUGGAGAAGUCCAUCCAGGACCUGAUGACUCUGAUGCAGGACCUGAGUGCCUACUCCAACCAGUUCCUGGAGAUGGUCUGUGACAAGCUGAAGGAGUACAAGGAGAUCUGCAAUACCGCAUACAGGUAAGAGUUAGACUGGUCUGUGACAAGCUGAAGGAGUACAAGGAGAUCUGCAACACCUCAUACAGGUAAGAGUUAGACUGUCUCAGGCCCAGUGCAAGCAUGAGGAAAGUGGGUCCUCUCUUCCUUGCUAGAAGGUAUAGAAACUGAAACUGUCAUUUCACUCAGUUUAUUGUGGUUGAGGGUAUAUUGGGUGUCAGCAGUGCUCUCUCUCUCUGACAUACACACACACCUGUGUUGUGCUUGUCUUCAUCGGGCUGAACCCCAGAGAGAUUUAGGCUGACCUUUAACCUUGUGCAAAUAAGAACCCAGCUCUCUGCCCCUUUAACCCUCCUCUACCCCUCCAUCCUCUACCCCUCUACCUCUCCUCUACCCCUCCUCACCCCCUCAAACCCCCCUACCCCUCCCCCUACCCCCUCUACCUUCCCUACCCUCCAUCCUCUAACCCCUCAACCCUCCUCUACCCCUCCAUCCUCUACCCCUAACCCUCCUCUACCCCUCCUCCUCUACCCCUCUAACCCUCCUCUACCCCUCCAUCCUCUACCCCUCCAUCCUCUACCCCCUAACCCUCCUCUACCCCUCCAUCCUCUACCCCUCUAACCCUCCUCUACCCAUCCAUCCUCUACUCCUCCCUCCUCUACCCCUCUACCUCUCCUCUACCUCUCCUCUACCCUUCCAUCCUCUACCCCUCUACCUCUCCUCUACUCCUCCAUCCUCUACCCCUCUACCUCUCCCUCUACUCCUCCAUCCUCUACCCCCUACCUCUCCUCUACUCCUCUCCUCUACCCCUCUACCUCUCCUCUACUCCUCCAUCCUCUACCCCUCUACCUCUCCUCUACCCUUCCAUCCUCUACCCCUCUACCUCUCCUCUACCCUUCCAGCCUCUACCCCUCUACCUCUCACCUGACCAGGUGUUACUCCCUGCUGUGGGUGUGGAAACACUGUGCCUCAGUUAGCUGCUGUGUGUUUAUGGAGGGGUUAUCUGGAACUCAAGCACUGAUCCAAAGUGCUGAGCUAAACAGUUAUCCUCCCACAUGCAGGCAAUCUGUCUCCAUCCAACCUCAUGCUAUGCCAUCUGUACUAUACAGUUGAUGAUCUCUCUCUGCCCUCUGUCCCAGGGGCAUAGUCCAGUGUGAGGAGAAGCUGACCAUCAGUGCAUCGUGGUCUAAGGACGAGGACAUAAGCCGACUGCUCCAGUCUCUGCCCAACUGGGCUAACAUGGCCCAGCCCAGACAGCUCCGACAGAAGAGAGAGGACGAAGAGGACUUCACCAGGUGACACACACACACAUACACACACACACACAUACACACACACACACACACACACACACACACACAGAAAAGUAUCCUCACCCUCCCCCUCCACCCCUUCAUCAAGCAUGUUGUGAUUGAACGAGACAGCGAUGUAAAAUAAGUAGUUGAUUGCUCCAUAAGGAUGCAUUUGGCAGUUAAAAACCUAUCUGUCCAGCGCAUUGGAUUUAAAUGCAAGGAUAAGCUUUUAGGCUUUUUUAAUUUGAGUCACAGCCACAUACAUUUUCAACAUUCUUUGGAGGGAUUAGAGGCUCCACGUCUGGUAACCCAGCUCUCCUUUUGAUAAAGCUCCAGUAAUAAGGUGCUUGUUUGGAACAAGUCAUUCAGUUCUCUUUCCCCCCUCUCUCUCUCUCUCUCUCUCUCUCUCUCUCUCUCUCUCUCUCUCCUCUGCCUUUCAUUUUCUCAGUUUUCUCCUCUCUCUCUCUCUCCUCUCAGCUCUCUCUCUCUCUCUCUCUCUCUCUCUCUCUCUCUCUCUCUCUCUCUCUCUCUCUCUCUCUCUCUCUUUCUCUCUUUCGAGUUUUGAUAUUGAAGUGAAUUCACCAAGGCUGCUAGUCGCUAGUCACACAAAAUAUGAGGAUAUUCUUUGUGGCAGCAACAAUUUGAUGUCUUCUCCUCAAGGCUGUGUUCUUGUCAAGUGUCUGCCAGCAUGUGUAGAGUCUGAAACGUCACAUUGCCUUAAAAUAGAGCUCUCUCUCUUUCUCACUCUCUCUCACACACACACACACACACACACACACACACACACACACACACACACACACACACACACACACACACACACACACACACACAGUUCAGUCUUCUCUCUCUCUCCCCUUCCCUGUAGUUCUUGCUCCUACUCCAGUUACUAGCUAGUCAUUGGGCCUGUGGUGACUGAACUAAGUCUGUCAGUCAGUCCUAAAUAAAAGUGUAGGUCAUUACUGGAAGCCCAAGGCCUCAUUGAGAUGCAUGCUGGAGUUGAUGUGACUGGUCUGUCUGUCCAGGGUCCAGCUCCACACUGUGCCAGCCAUCCUCUGUGCAGGGGACCGUGGGAUGGUUAUUAUAGUCCCCUCUAAUCCUCCUCACCCCCCAAUAAAUGUCCUUCUCCUUUUCACUGUCCUCCUGCCUUCCACUGCAGUCCUCUACUUCGUUCUGGGGAAUCCUUAUCUGGAGCUGUUCGCAGCUUUUAAGCCCCUGCUCUUAAAGGGUUAAUGCAUUACCUAUAUCCAGAAGAAAAACCCUUAUCUCUCUAACCUGGUCUCAGAUCUUCCGAUCUCCUAUUGUCAUUAAUACGCCAAACAAUGACCAAAGGAUUUGGCAAGAUGGGACAAACAGAUCUGGGACCAGGCUAACCCUUGUUUGAAUAUCAGGCAGUUAGUUCAAACAGAUCUUGUAAAAGGCUAACCCUUGUUUGAAUAUCAGGCAGUUAGUUCAAACAGAUCUGGGACCAGGCUAACCCUUGUUUGAAUAUCAGGCAGUUAGUUCAAACAGAUCUUGUACCAGGCUAACCCUUGUUUGAAUAUCAGGCAGUUAGUACAAACAGAUCUGGGACCAGGCUAACCCUUGUUUGAAUAUCAGGCAGUUAGUUCAAGCAGAUCUGGGACCAGCCUAACCCUUGUUUGAAUAUCAAGCAGUUAGUUCAAACAGAUCUUGUACCAGGCUAACCCUUGUUUGAAUAUCAGGCAGUUAGUUCAAACAGAUCUGGCCCUUGUUUGAAUAUCAGGCAGUUAGUUCAAGCAGAUCUGGGACCAGGCUAACCAUGGUUUGAAUAUCAGGCAGUUAGUUCAAGCAGAUCUGGGACCAGGCUAACCCUUGUUUGAAUAUCAGGCAGUUAGUUCAAGCAGAUCUUGUACCAGGCUAACCCUUGUUUGAAUAUCAGGCAGUUAGUUCAAGCAGAUCUGGGACCAGGCUAACCCUUGUUUGAAUAUCAGGCAGUUAGUUCAAGCAGAUAUGGGACCAGCCUAACCCUUGUUUGAAUAUCAGGCAGUUAGUUCAAACAGAUCUUGUACCAGGCUAACCCUUGUUUGAAUAUCAGGCAGUUAGUUCAAACAGAUCUGGGACCAGGCUAACCCUUGUUUGAAUAUCAGGCGGUUAGUUCAAACUACUCUCAUUACAUUUUAGAACCUGUCUAGAACUUGUCACAUUGAUUGAUUUAGUCUAAUAGACCUUCUUUCACUCCCCUCCUCUCCCUCUCCCUCUCCCAUCCCCUCCCUCCAGGGCGGCGUUUGCCAAGGAGUCUGAGGUGCUAACGGGUAACCUAGGUGACAAGCUGAUCCCGCAGAACGAGAUCCUGCGUGACGUGAGCGACCUGAAGGCUCUGGCCAACCUGCAGGAGAGCAUGGAGUGGCUGGCCUCCAGACUCAAAGGCUUCUUCAUCAACCUGCCCCACGCUGCCAGUGAGUACACACACAUAGGCAGACACGCAUACAUACACACACACCUUAUGGCUUCUACACAUGCAGGGUUAGCGGGGUGUGCGUGGGGAGGGGUGCAGGGGUGA